AUGGUGAGAGGACCUGAGGACGGAGCUAAUAUAGGAAUAUUCAUUAAUUUGUUGAAGGACGAAUCUUCUUCAGUUUUACCUGAUGACCAAGUAUCAAUAGAGGUCCAUCUGCAUGCAGAGGUAGAUGAUGAUGACUACUGUAGAAGAGCCAGGGAUAAUGCAAACCGGCAACGUGCAAACAUAGUGAAGAUAGUAAAGGAAAAGGACAAGGAUUCUUUACAGAGUUUUGGAGGCGUUCGAGGAAUUGCCGAAGCUCUUUGUACCGAUCUAGAGCUCGGGAUUCUUGGAGACGAAGAAAGUCUUGAAUUUCGAAAUGCAAGGGAAAGUGCAGAAGCAGCACAGAUUUCCUCAACACAGGCAGCAAGAGAAGCUCCUAUACGUAUCAAGCAGGAGGGCCGGAAGACUGGUUGGUAUGAAGGCGCCAUCAUAACAGUGGUGAUUUUCAUAUUCAUACUUGCCCCUAUUUUCUGCAAUCUCAUACGCAAACGACCACAGAGGCUUUUGGAGAUGCAGAAACCAAUCGAUACAGUAGUUGUGAUCAGAGAUGGAUGCCAAAAGGAAUUAUUAAUCUCCAAUGUUGUGGUGGGGGAUGUGGUCUGCCUCACUAGCGGAUCUCCAAUCCCUGGUGAUGGAUUAGUCAUUGUUAAUCCAGGUGAUGACCACUCCCUCCUUGUUGUCGAUCAUGAUGGUUUGGAGUCAACAGUUGAUGAGAAAACUCCAUUUUUGUUCUAUGGUGCGAAGGUGAUUAACGGCAACGGACAAAUGCUGAUAACUUCUGUGGGACUGGACACAGUAUUGGGGGAGCUGAUGAAUCAAGUUUCCAAUACUUGCAAUGAGACCCCAUUACCAGCUCAACUUGAAAAGGUUGGCACAACAACACAGAUAGCUGGGAUCUCAAUCUCUAUUUUAACCCUUGUGGUGUUGUUCCUCCGUUUUAUGCUUGAAGGCAAACAUACUACGAAUCAACACUCAGCUGAUCUCCCAGAGCUAAAGAAUACAGCAGCAACCAAGGGAAUUAUUGACAUCAUCAAGAAAGUUGCCACAAAACCAGAUGGAAAGAUCUGUCGCUUCACAACUUUACUGGCCAUUUUGCUGGUAGGAAUCCAAGAGCCAAUUCCUUUUGUCAUCCUAUUAGCCACGGCUUAUAUGAGAAAAAGGAUGUUUUCAGGCAAAGCUUAUGCUGAGGACCUAUUGGCUUAUGUCACAGUAGGCUCUGCCAAUAUCAUUUGUGCUGAAAAGUUAUACCAGCCCGAAGUUGUUAAGUGCUAUGUUGGUGGGGAAAACAUUCAGAAAGGCUGCUGGGCCGACUCUGGAGUAGGUACAUGCGUUGUUGAAGUUCUGUGCCAAUGUAUCAGCACCCCAAUACUGAUGGCGUUGGUUCAUGGUAGAUCAACAGAAGAUCCGCUGCUUCCAUGGGCUGCCUCGGAACUGGGGAUGGAUAUGGAGAUUUCGAGGCAAAAUUCCACCGUUCAGGAGAUGAAAGCAUUGAGCUCCAAUGAGGAAGGAAGUACAGAGAACAUGGAAGAUACGAUCAGCGAGUAUGCUGGAAAGGCCCUGCAACGACGAUAUUAG